AUGAACUCCAUUUCGAGAGCAAGAGUUAUUGGAGCUCUUAGUGGACCUUUUCCAAGCGAUUUCCAUCACUUCCAUGUGGAGAAUCGCCUAUGGACAUACAAGCCAGGGCUCGAUCGAGUUGAAGCUUGGCCGGUCGAGUUGAGGAACUCGACCGGUUGGUCGAGUAGGUGGUCGAGCUGGUCUUCAAGAUGGCUUCCUCCUUCUUCCUUUGCGUAUCCAGUUGAGCUGCGUCCAUGCACCAAGUCCUUCCUUGCUCCUCACGUCCCAUAUGCUCCAAAUGCUCCAAAAGACCUAUUUCAAAGGACCAAACAUGCAUAUAGCCCGACUUCGAGUAUCCCACCUCUUGGAAGAGAGAAGAUUUCUCGCGAGCUAACGUUUUGUGAACGAUCUGCAAAGUCGGCUGCCGCUCGUUGUGAGCAAGCAAUCCAAUCUAGAGCUAAUGGAGUUGUGGAGAUUGUCCAUGUUGCGGUUGAAUAUACUCUUCGUGAUGAAGUAGUAGGUCGGGUUCUUCAUGCUGCUAUGGGGAUAAUACCCAAGUGA